UGGUUGUGUGGCGGUUGCGGUGACACAAGCGGGAAGAAUCGAGUAUGGCGGCGACAGACAGAGAUCCGAUCAAACUAAUCACCUCAAAUCAACAAAGUGCUGGUGUGUUAGAUCUUUCACAUCAGAGUCUCCACAAACUGGAUCCAAAGUUUUUGUGUCCAGUGACACACACUCUCAUUCUGGACCAGAAUCACAUUAUUAAACUGGAACACCUGGAGCAGAUUGAAGCUCUUCAGCAGCUGUCUGUGGCCUGUAACCGUCUAGUGCGCAUGAUGGGCGUCUCAAAGCUCACACACUUACGAGUGCUGAAUCUCCCGAACAACAGUAUUGGAUACAUCGAGGGAUUGAAGGAUCUGAAUCAGCUUGAAUGGCUCAAUCUGUCUGGAAACAAUAUAAAGGUCAUCGAGCAGCUGAACAACUGUGUUUCUCUUCAACAUCUUGAUCUGUCAGACAACAAUAUUUCUCACAGUGGUGAUCUCACAAAACUCUCUGCUUUAAAGACUCUUCUUCUGCAUGGAAACAAUAUCACGACCCUUCGCACUGUUCCUGCUCACCUGCCGCCAAACCUCAGCAUCCUGUCGCUGGCAGAGAACGAGAUACGAGACCUCACUGAGGUGUCAUAUUUAGCUCCACUACACAGUCUUGAGCAGCUGUCAAUCAUGAGUAACCCAUGCGUCAUGGCCACGCCCUCUCUGCCCGGCUGUGAUUAUCGCCCGUAUGUGGUGAGCUGGAUUCUCAAUUUGAAGGUGCUGGAUGGAUAUGUGGUUUCACAAAAAGAAAGUCUGAAAGCAGAAUGGCUGUACAGUCAAGGCAAAGGUCGCAUGUUUCGGCCUGGUCAGCACGCACAGUUGGUGCAGUAUUUGGCCUCCACGUGUCCUCUAACGGCCACAACUGCCUUACAGUCUGCAGAGGAUGCUAAACUCGAGAGAAUCCUCAACAAACAACGACAGCAUCAGAGACAGCUGCAACAAAGACGUCACAGCAGCUCUACGAGUCCAUCUCGACCCACACAUCUAGACGUGAAGCAGCCGUGUGUUCAGAAGAACAGAGAUGAAGCAGCUGUCCAUGUGUCUGAUGAUGUCAUCGCUCAUCCAGAUGUGGAGCCAGUAGUUCAGGUGAACACAUGGAUGGCCGUUGCUUCGUCACCUGUGAUCACUGUCGCCCGGCCUCCAUCCACCACUGCAGAAGGGAUGAUUGUGGAGGAGGUGCAGACAGAUGAGGAGAAGCUCCAUGGAGCUCUGCUCUCCUCUCAAUCUGCAUUUCUGCCCUUUAACCCUCCUGUUGAUUCCACAUCAGCUCCUGACAGCGGCGAGGAGGAGUUUGACGAUUCUCUGGCUCCACCCACAUCUGCUCAGCUCUGCCCAUCUGAGCAGGAUUCUGUGCAAGUAGGUGGGGCUCUCACCUGUCAGACACAUGGAUCGGAUCAUUCACAUCAGCUCUCAGACACCGAGUCAUUCCUCUGCUCUGACAUUAACAUGCAGCAGCGUGUUUUAAACAGUGAGGUCGUGUUUCAGAACGGCACACAAGAGGAUAUUGAGCGAAGUGUGAUGCAGAACGCCACUACAGCACCUCGUAAAGUGCAUCAGUGUGAAGCGCAUGAUGCCGCAUUGAGAAUUCAGUCCUGGUGGAGGGGUCACUGGACGAGACACACAAACCCACAUGCCAAAGAAGUGCGUGCCGAGAUCCGCCUACGUAGAAUGCAGGACCACAUCGUCCAUCUGACCACAGAAAUAGAGAGGAUGCGUAAGCAACAAGAAGAGGAGCGACUGCAGAGACGUGUGCAAGAGGAAGCUGUGAAGUUCCUGUGGAAGCAGUUUCAGGUGAUGUUGGAUUGGCAGUCUUCAGUGAUGGAGCAGCUUGGUGUCGGUCAGCGUUCUGCUGUAGAUCUUGCAGCCGCUCCGGUCUGCACUGAGAUUUCCAUCCCUGAGUCUGGCUUCCAUUCCCCUGGUGAACGACAGGUGGCGCUGGAGAGCAGGCUGAGCAGCAGCGCCGCAGCCGGAUCUCCAUUGAUAUUACGAUCUCUCGGGGCGAUGACACCAGCCGCAGAAGAUGGUGAUGAUGUCAUUCUGUUACAGCAGUAUCUAUCAUCUGUACAGCGACAGGAAGAGGAAGAGAAAGAGUCAUGUGACAUGACUGAUGUGUCACAUGAUGUCUCUGUGCUUGUGGCGUCACCUGAAGACCUCCAUCAACAAGAAGCUGACAGUCAUCACGCUCUUAUGGACGUUUAGACAUUACAGGAAGUUACACACACUGUCAGACUGAAGUGUUCCUUGAUCUGUGAACGAGAUCUCUUUUAAUCCUCCACUACAACACUUCAAUAGAUAUAUAGAUGAAGAGCCUUUUAUCUCUCUCUGUAAAUAUAUAUACUGUAUAUAUAUAUAGAUCCGUGUGUAUGUACAGUAUAUAUAUAAAUAUACACUCAGUGUGUGUGUCUCAUACUCAGUAAUGUGUUUGAGCAAUGACUGUUGGGUAAUUUGAUAUGACUGGCCGUUGCUGCCUUUUCUGUCCCCAACAGUGAAUGUAGGACACACAUUUACACUUCAGAGAAAUCCAUAUAAAGCUUUCUGUCACAUUCAUUGAAGUACAUAAAAUCUUUACAUACCCAGAGUGCCAAGUUCUUUAUUUAAAUGUACCUCAGACCCCAAAACUCAGCCAGAAGAACCCUUGAGCUAUGAAGAGAAGUCUGUAAGAAUGUACAUUUAUUUUAUAUAGUUUAUAGCCGUUUGAACCUAUUGAAAGUGAAUUAACUGUCGUUGUAAAUAUUUAUAUGUGUUUCUGGAUAUUUACUGUAUCUGCUGUUCAGCAUGUUAUAUGCAAUGAGUGUUAAUUUAUUUCACAUUUUUAUUCUGGGUUGUUUUUUUUUGUUUUUUUCAUGUCAGAUGUUUUUAAAUUGCACUGUGUAAAUAAAGGUUUAUUUUCCUUGA